GUGAAGCUUCAUCCUUACCAGAAGCGUGGUCCCAAGGGAGCCUACGAGGCUAAACAGGUCAACGGCACCUGGACCAACGGUCAGAGUUGCCGUGGAUUGUACGUUAGGGUGGACAUGCCUGGUGUCCCCGAAAGCGGCGGCGUUAAGAUAUGCAAGUACUCCGACAGCCGCACCGUUACCUUCACCUGAAAAGCAGCGAUGGUGUGGCCCCAAUUUGAUACAUCAGACAGGGUUUAUGGUGGUUAUGUUAUACUUGACAGAGACCCAACACUUGUUAGUGUGCAAUCUCAACUUAAGAAUGGCACACUCCAUUUGUUCUUCCCUAACUCUGAUGGCUCCCUUCAUUUUCUCUCUCCUCCUCCUAACUCUUGUCUUCCUCUCCAACCCCAACAAUAUGAUGAUGAUACUGUUGAAUUCAUUGAGCUCUUAGGGGAGCGCUUUAUUACCUACAUUGAACACGGCCCUGAAGAACCUUCUGGGAUAAAAUUGAGGGGAGGUAGGCCCGAGCACAUCAACUGGCAUCUGCUAAGCGGGGUUAAAGGGGUGUAUGAGCACAAAAUUGUUAGUGUUGGUAACAAUCAGCAUCUGAUUUAUGUCCGAUUGGAUGUUCCAAUGGUGAACUACCAAUUAUUCUGCAUCACUGAGAACGCGGACAGAAGCAUCACCUUCGCCGUUGAUGCUGCUCAAAAAGACUCCAUGUUCGACGAGGGUUGCCGUGGCAACAUUGGUUCCUUGAUUCCUAAAUGUGAAUGCUGCCAGUACCAGAUUGUUCAGCACGACAUCAGAGAUGGCGUCAUUAGGUUUAUAGCUUCCAAGAGCUCUUCUGUGAAUCCUCCUUCCAAUAUUCAUUUAUAUGAACCUCCUUCCAAGCCCGGUGAAGCUCCCAAGCCAGUAGUAUAUCGUAACAUCGAGGUGGUCAUGGAUAAGCUGCCGCGACGUUCCAGCCAGUGUAGGAAGUAGCAGCGAGUAUUGGUUGGCCUUGUGGUUGCUAGACUAAAAUCAAUACGUACCUAACCUUGCAUUAUGGUCUUAGUUGUAGGUUGAUUAUCUAUUAUUAUGACAUGAAUUAGCUAGUACUAGUGUGCUUUAUGUGCUUGUUUGAGUUUCGUAUCAAGCAAGCUCGGAGUAGUGGUUUUUUCAGGGUAGUAUAAUGCCUCUUCCGCUCUUCCAGUAAUAUAUAUCAUCAUAUGAUGUUCUAAGAUUUUAGAUACAGUAAUAUUGUAAACUCAGUUUAUUUAGUAAAACUUAAUAGGUAUUAGAUGGUUAUCAUAUGAU